CUCAGCGGUCUCCAGGGCUGCGAGCUGUCUGUCCCGGAAUUUGACACCCGGAGAGGCAGCUGGUCCCCCAUCAGGACUCCUGAGCCUUCUCAGAUGGAAACAGUUUCUCCCAAAGAAGCUGUGGGAAUUCUCGGUGGCGCCACUCUUGGGCUUUGCCUCCCGGAGCCUUUAAUCAAGGCCCCAUUGAGCACUUUGAGGCAAGGCAGGCUCCAGAUGGAGCAGGGCUCCGGGUUGCUGAACAAGAUUCUUACUGAGAGAGCUACAAAAGGAUGGACUUCAGCCAGAGAGAAAGUGAACCCCAGGAAUGGAGUGGGAUAUAAGCAAUAGUGGUGGGGAGGAGGCAGAGGAGCAGAAGAGGAGCUGGCGGCGGGCGGUGGCUGAGCAGCCCCCAGGCCCUCGGAGCGAGCCGCCUCACCGGCGCCGGAGACUCCCUCGGACCUACCCACCCGGGCGGCCCGCGGGCCCGGGCGCCGGAGCCAGGGACCCGACGGCUGGGGGCGCCAGCCCCCGAUGUUCCGCGGGAGGCUCAAAUGUGAUGUCAUGCCCAUUGUUUUGGUGCGCCCGACCAAUGGGACUCGCCGCCUGGAUUCUACCGGAGCCGGCAUGGGCCCUUCCUCGAACCAGCAGCAGGAGUCCCCGCUCCCGACCAUAACGCAUUGCGCAGGGUGCACCACCGCCUGGUCUCCCUGCAGCUUUAACAGCCCUGACAUGGAAACCCCAUUGCAGUUCCAGCGCGGAUUCUUCUCAGAGCAGCCGCCGCCGCGCGCCUCGCACCUGCAUUGCCAGCAGCAGCAGCAGCAGCAGCAGCAGCAGCAGAGCCAGGACAAGCCGUGCGCGCCCUUCGCGUCCCUCCCGCACCCUCACCACCACCCGCACCUCGCGAGCCAGCAGCCGGGCAGCGGCGGCAGCAGCCCAUGCCUCCGGUGCAACAGCUGCGCCUCCUCCGGGGCCCCGGGGGCGGGGGCGGGGGCGGGGGAUAACCUGUCCCUCCUGCUCCGCACCUCCUCGCCCGGCGGCGCCUUCCGGACCCGCACCUCCUCGCCGCUCUCGGCCUCGUCGUGCUGCUGCUGCUGCUCGUCGCGCCGGGGCAGCCAGCUCAAUGUGAGCGAGCUGACGCCGUCCAGCCAUGCCAGUGCGCUCCGGCAGCAGUACGCGCAGCAGCCGGCGCCCGCCUCCCAGUACCACCAGUGCCACAGCCUGCAGCCCGCCGCCAGUCCCACGGGCAGCCUCGGCAGCCUGGGCUCCGGGCCCCCGCUCUCGCACCACCACCACCACUCGCACCCGGCGCACUACCAGCACCACCAGCCCCAGGCGCGCCGCGAGAGCAACCCCUUCACCGAAAUAGCCAUGAGCAGCUGCAGGUACAACGGGGGCGUCAUGCGGCCGCUCAGCAACUUGAGCUCGUCCCGCCGGAACCUGCACGAGAUGGACUCCGAGGCGCAGCCCCUGCAGCCCCCCGCUUCGGUCGGAGGCGCCGGCGGCGCGUGCUCCCCGUCUGGAGCCGCGGCCGCCGCGUCGUCCUCAGCCCCGGAGAUCGUGGUGUCCAAGCCGGAGCACAACAACUCCAACAACCUGGCGCUCUACGGAGCCGCCGGCGGCGGGAGCACCGGGGCGGGCGGCGGCAGCGGGCACGGCAGCAGCAGUGGCACCAAGUCCAGCAAAAAGAAGAACCAGAACAUCGGCUACAAGCUGGGCCACCGGCGCGCCCUGUUUGAGAAGCGCAAGCGGCUCAGCGACUACGCGCUCAUCUUCGGCAUGUUCGGCAUCGUGGUCAUGGUCAUCGAAACCGAGCUGUCGUGGGGCGCCUACGACAAGGCGUCGCUGUACUCCUUAGCUCUGAAAUGCCUUAUCAGUCUCUCCACGAUCAUCCUGCUCGGUCUGAUCAUCGUGUACCACGCCAGGGAAAUACAGUUGUUCAUGGUGGACAAUGGAGCAGAUGACUGGAGAAUAGCCAUGACUUACGAGCGUAUUUUCUUCAUCUGCUUGGAAAUACUGGUGUGUGCGAUUCACCCCAUACCUGGGAAUUACACAUUCACGUGGACGGCCCGGCUUGCCUUCUCCUAUGCCCCAUCUACCACCACCGCUGAUGUGGAUAUUAUUUUAUCUAUACCAAUGUUCUUAAGACUCUAUCUUAUUGCCAGAGUCAUGCUUUUACAUAGCAAACUUUUCACUGAUGCCUCUUCUAGAAGCAUUGGAGCACUUAAUAAGAUAAACUUCAAUACGCGUUUUGUUAUGAAGACUCUAAUGACUAUCUGCCCGGGAACUGUGCUCUUGGUUUUUAGUAUCUCCUUAUGGAUAAUUGCCGCGUGGACUGUGCGAGCUUGUGAAAGGUACCACGAUCAACAGGACGUCACUAGCAACUUCCUGGGAGCGAUGUGGUUGAUAUCAAUAACCUUUCUCUCCAUUGGCUACGGUGACAUGGUACCUAACACCUACUGCGGGAAAGGAGUUUGUUUGCUUACUGGAAUCAUGGGUGCUGGGUGCACAGCCCUGGUGGUCGCCGUAGUGGCAAGGAAGCUAGAACUUACCAAAGCAGAAAAGCAUGUGCACAACUUCAUGAUGGACACUCAGCUGACGAAGAGAGUGAAAAACGCAGCUGCCAAUGUACUCAGGGAGACAUGGCUAAUUUACAAAAAUACAAAGCUAGUAAAAAAGAUAGAUCAUGCAAAAGUCAGAAAACAUCAACGAAAAUUCUUGCAAGCUAUUCAUCAAUUAAGAAGUGUAAAAAUGGAGCAGAGGAAACUGAAUGACCAAGCAAAUACCUUGGUGGAUCUGGCAAAGACCCAGAACAUCAUGUACGACAUGAUAUCCGACUUAAACGAAAGGAGUGAAGACUUCGAGAAAAGGAUUGUUACCUUGGAAACGAAACUAGAGACUCUGAUCGGGAGCAUCCACGCCCUGCCCGGGCUCAUCGGCCAGACCAUCAGGCAGCAGCAGAGGGACUUCAUCGAGGCCCAGAUGGACAGCUACGGCGAGCAGGGCCCCUACGGCGCCGAGCGCUCGCGGUCCUCGUCCCGGAGGCGGCGGUCCUCCUCCACGGCGCCACCGACUUCCUCAGAGAGCAGCUAGGAGAGAUUCAGUUAAUCACAAAAUAAGACUUUUUGCCAUCAUAUGGUCAAUAUUUUAGCUUUUAUUGUAAAGCCCCUAUGGUUCUAAUCAGCGUUAUCCGGAUUCUGAUGUCAGAAUCCUGGAGACCUGAACACUAAGUUUUAGGCCAAAAUGAGUGAAAACUCUUUUUUUUUUCUUUCAGAUGCACAGGGAAUGCACCUAUUACUGCUCUAUAGAUUGUUCCUCCUGUAAUUUCACUAACUUUUUAUUCAUGCACUUCAAACAAACUUUACUACUACAUUAUAUGAUAUAUAAUAAAAAAGUUAAUUUCUGCACAUA